AUGGGUCGGCUCGACUGGAUCGAUGCCACGGCCUCGCCGAAAACCAGCGUGAAACAACCACAGCCUCUUGUAUUUCGCCGUAUCCAGUGGUGUGCGGAACCAUUCCGGUGGUGGCGUGAGAGUGAGCCGGCGGCGGCGUGCGGCGGGCGCGCGGCGUGCGAGCGCUGCCACGACCGCGCGUGCUCGUGCGCCAUGCUGCGGCCGGCGCGCGGCGUGCUGCCUCACGCCGCCACAGACACCAUACGCUACGACGUCAAUGCACCUGAGGGCGAGGGCUGCGUGGCGACGCUGGUGCGCGUGCGCCGCGAACAGGGCGCGGGCGGCGGGGCAGGCGGGGGAGGCGGGGGCGGCGGGGGCGGCGGGGCGCGCGCGGCGCUGGUGGCGUACCGCGUGCUGGCGCCGCGCCUCGUGCUGCGCCUGCUGUCCUGCGCGCUCACAGCCUCGCACCACGACGCUGACUGCGGAUGCCGGCUGGACGGCGGCGCGGCGGGCGGCGCGCGGGGCACGGCCACGCUGCGGCCGCGGCGCGCGCUGACGGUGGGCCGCCGCACCUGCUACCGCCUGCGGCUCACCAACGUCACGCCGCUGCCCACCGCCGUGCACUUCGACUCCCACUCCGGCGACACAGACGAGGUGCGGGCGAUGUUCUGCCCGCGCGAGUGCCGGGUGCCGCCCUACGGUGAAGUGGAGAUCAGGGUAACAAGCGUUCAUGUUAAUAUAAUGUUCGCGACUCACUGUAGCUGCAUGUAUAGUGGCGUGCGCGUGGUCCCGCAGGUGGUGCUGGAGGCGCGGCGUGUGUGCGGGCGGCGCGUCUUCGUGUUCCGCGGCCGCGUGCUGCGCGCGCUGGCGCCGCUCUACCUGCUCGUCGACGCCGCCGUCGCCGUCAGUACAACGCAUACACUCACACAUCUACAGUCAUAUGACACACACAUCAUCUCACAGUUUCUCUGUUAUACGUCGUCACAUUAUGGGGCCUUGGCAUCAAGAGACGUGACGAGUCCGCGCGAGGAGUGGCCACGGGAGCUGUUGCCAUGUUGGGGCCAACGGCGGGCGGCGUGCGCGGCAUAA